CAUUGCCUGGAGCUCUCCAGACUUUGUAAUCGCUUCCUGCUCGCUCCUCGCGCGACGCGGCGCCUAAAAUAACGUGCCUGAUACUCACGGAUGGCAAAUCGUUACGCUUCGACCGCGCGCGCCGUCUCAAAGUCACAGCUGUCAGACAUCUGUGCUUGCUAGCCGCGGCGGUCCGGAACGGCGCGCGAGCUACGGAGUCGCGCGGAAGGCCGCGCUGACGCUAAAGUCGACCGCUGACGCGCCGCGUAAUCCGACUCGUUUCGCGCGCGCGUCGCGGAGUCGACGCGAACUCACCGCCCAAUCCCGCAGGUCAAUCACGAUGAACAAGCUCAUUCUCGCGCUCUGCCUCACCCGCAAGGUCGCCGGCUUCGCCUCAUACAGCGGCAAGGACUGCAUCCUCGAAGACAGCUGCCCGCCCGCCGGAAAUGUGAAUGGCUUCGCGUGUUCCACGUUCCCAAACUGCCAGGACCCGAACGUUUGCCCGACCAGCCAGGUUCCCAACUUUGCUGGUCCGUUCGCCCGGUUUGAGGACAAUGGCGGAAGCCCCUGGAUUUAUAGCUGCUCCGACAACACUUGUGGCUCGUGCUACCCGUACGCUUCGGCGGCAGACUUCGCGGCGGCCCUCAGCAUAGAAAAUCCGUUCGCCUCGUGCGCGGCCGACCCGGUCGGGAUCACGAAAAGGGAUCCUCUCAAUUAUUGCACGGCGACGGAAGAGCUCUGGUGCGACUGGUGGACGAUAGAAAAGGGCCUCGACGACGAGUACAAAUCGUCGCUCUACUGGGAGCCCUACUGCUCGGAGAGCUCGCAGAUCAAUCUGUGCAAGCCGGGGAGCACGUGCGACUCCAAGGAGGAGAGCGACACGCCGGCCGAGAACUGCCUCUUCAACCCGACGUGCUUCUGUCUCAUGGACUCACUCGCGGGACUUCCGUCGGGCGGCGGCGGCGGCUCGGGCCCGACGUGCACGCCCCAGUACUAGAUCCACAGCGUCCACGACGACGACGACGACGACGACGACGACGCGCCAUCCUCCUUGUACAUAAGAAGCGUUGGUAUUAUG